AUGAACUCGAAAUGGCCUGCCCACUAUCCUUCCGUCCAACGUCCACCUCCCGCCCCUCGCUUCCAUCCAGACCCCCGACCUGGUCUCGUCCAUACUCAAUCCGGUUUCGACAACCAUCAUGCUCCUGAGACAUUCAGAAGACCGGCCCCUCGUCGCGCCGGUACUACCAUAGGCGAAGACAUGAUGGAGCCCGAGUCCAGCGGAGCCGCUGCUCGUGCGCCAGUUGCAGAACCUAGAUUAGUGACGCCACAGCUGUCUCAGCAGUUUUCGGUGCUCAAGAUCGAGUUGAGAAUGGAGGGCGUACAUCAAACCGAGCUGGUUCACUCUUUGGAGAAGCAAUCAAUAGCUUCGCUUCUUGACGGCCAGAUCAACAACAGCGUCCGACACCUGUUUUCACUAAGAGACCGCAUCGAGGACACUUCCAGCAAAGUUUUGAUUACUGGUGAUCUCAACGCUGGAAAGUCUACUUUCUGCAAUGCUCUCCUAAGACGCAAGGUCCUGCCUGAAGAUCAACAGCCAUGCACUAGUAUCUUCUGUGAAGUACUGGAUUGUCGCGAAAAUGGAGGCGUUGAAGAAGUUCACGCUAUUCCAAAUGGUGUCGAGUACAAUCGCCACGACGAAAGUACCUAUGCUGUAUUCGGUCUCGAGCAACUCGAAGAUAUUGUAAUCGACAACGAAAAAUGGUCUCAGUGCAAGGUAUACAUCAGGGACGUUCGCUCAGUAGACCAGUCGCUGCUCAACAACGGCGUGGUCGAUAUCGCUCUGAUUGAUGCUCCUGGUUUGAACAACGAUUCGCUCAAGACCACUGCAGUCUUUGCUCGACAAGAAGAGAUUGAUGUUGUCGUCUUUGUUGUUUCCGCUGCUAAUCACUUCACACUCUCAGCCAAGGAGUUCAUCUUCAACGCCGCUCGUGAGAAGGCCUAUAUGUUCAUGGUCGUCAAUGGUUACGAUAACAUUCGCGACAANAAGAGAUGUCAGGAAAUGAUCUUGAAGCAAGUCAACCACCUCAGCCCUGCCACUUUCAAGGAGUCUUCUGAGCUCGUGCAUUUCGUUUCAAGUAACGCAAUUCCUGUCGCUCCCGCUGGCGGUCCGGAUGGUCCUGGUGGCUCGGGAAGCGGCUCUGGCUCAAGCAGCGGUGGCCCUGGUGGCGAUCCUAGCCAUGAUGAUGAGCCUUCCGACAAGAAAGACAAGGGCAAGGGUAAGGAGCAAGAGAAGAUUGACGACUUCAACGAACUCGAGGCAUCUUUGCGUCGGUUUGUGUUGGAAAAGAGAGCACGUUCUAAGCUUGCUCCUGCAAAGACCUACCUACUCAACGUUCUCGGCGAUCUUGGCAACCUUGCUAGUGUAAACAAGGAGGUCGCUCAGAACGAGCUCGACCGUGUCACUAAGGAACUCAAAGAGCUUGAACCUGUAUAUGAGAAGUCCAAGAAGGCUCGCUCCGAGGCUGGGGAAGGUGUUGAUUUCACUAUCGAUGAGACUGCAUCGGACAUCUACAAGGCAUCUCGCGACACCAUCAACAACACAAUCGCUCGUGUCGGGGAGCAAAAUCUGGGCGUCGAAUAUCCUGGCCUUUUCAGCGUCUACCAGUACGCAGAUGAGCUGAAGACAGCUAUGCUAGAACAGAUUACACGCUCAGUCCACGACUGCGAGGAAGCCGCAAGAGACCAUACAGCAAAGGGGGUCGAUGGCAUCAAGAACCUUGGAGUCCUCCACCUCGGCGACGAUUACGAAGACUUGACCUUCAAAUCGGAAUAUAUGUUCCGUUCGCGCAGGGAUGCCCUGACACGACAAGUUGACGUCGAUGUUGAAAUGUCAGACUUCUUUGAUCUUGCAAGUCUAUGGGAGCGCCAAGAGAAGGUUGCAGGAGCAAGUAUGGCUGUCACGAUCGCUGGAGUUGUUGGUGGCCGUAUGUUUGGUGGUGUUGGUUGGGUUGAUGGUGCGCUCGGUGCUGCAAAGGUCCUUGGACCCAACAACUUGCGCAGACUGAUGAUCCCCGGCAUCGUCCUCGCGAUUGCUCUUGGUGCUACCUAUGCUCUGAGCUCAAUUCCCCACUCACUACCACGACGCCUCUCACAGAAGCUCUCGGCUCAGCUUGCAGAGCUAGACUACACACACGCCAAUGCUACACGUAUCUCGUCCGAGGUCAGGAGAGCACUCAAAUUCCCUGCCGACAAGCUUCGUGAGAGUCUCCAGCGAAGUGUGGAGCAGCUUCUUGACGAGCGCAAGGAGAAGAUCAAGCUUCAGAGCGAAAGCGAGGUCGCNAAAAAGUACUUCGGCAACCUCAUCAGAGAGAGUGGUGAUAUUCGAAGCAGAGUGAUGCGGGUCGACUUGGAGGGACCUGCGCCUGGCCAUCUCGGCGGCCAUGGCGUCUAG